GUUUGCUAGCGCUGCCCUCAAGCCUUCGGUUUGAGCUGUGACAAUGUUAGCGGUGAAGGCACCACAGGAUACAGUUGCUAUGGUGAUUGUUAGGAUGAACACGGUGAAAAAGAAGAUUAAAAGAGGAAGAUGAUAAUGGAGCCACGGAAUAAAAAGGAGGCGAGUGAAUAACUGAUGGAGAAUAAGCAGUGAAAAGGUCGUCAGUCCACAGCUCAGGGGGUGUUCACCUCCCAUACUGAAUUUAGAUUUGGGUCAUAAUAUCUUACAGGAAUCUGGAACAGAGAGGAACUUAAGUCGGGCUCAAAAGUAAAUAAAAACAGUUAUUUCUAAUAAUGACUGUGUAAUUCACAGAGAUAAAAUCCUAUGCCUUUGUUCUCUUGUGGAGGUCUGUGUGUGUUUUGUUUUUUAGUAAGAGAUGUUUUUAAGAUGAGUGCGGCGAGGGUAUGUAUUUUAGUGAAGAAAGCAUUCUUUCAUGGCUUGGCACCCAAUUACUCUGUGAAGUGUAAUGAGGUGUUUCCUUUUAGUGUAAAGUACAGAUAGUCUUUGUUUAUUUCAGGGCUAUGUGAAGGUAAGGCCAAGCCACAAGGCAGGACAGCAUUUGGCUUCAAGAAAUGUGAACCACCGUGUAACUUGCGCAUUGCAGAUGGAAACUAUUCUUUUAUCUUUAUAAACAACUUUGAAUAACUGAGGCUCUGCACAGGGUUUGCAAAGGGACAUAUCAGUGAUGUUUUUUUGGGAUAUUUUGGCGCAGAACAAGGCUCACAAACCUUAUAACCUUUUGACAUCGGAUAGCUGGAAAAGACGACUCCUGCUUGUCAAUCCUGCACCUCUCCUCAGAACCUUAGACUUUUAGUUUAGUCUCUUGUUUCCCUUCCUGUUUUUACUUCAUUUUCAGCCAUUCUUUCUGUUUCAGCUGGAGGUUAGCAUGGACUGUCAUCUGGCAAUAAUUAUACAAUCCCUUACCCCCCCGCACUGUUCCCCCCUUUCUCCCACCACCAGAGCUGGUCCCUCUCUCCUUCUCUCCGCCUCUCUCUGUCUCUGUCUCACCUCCACAAGCCGGGGCUCCUUCAGAGCGACUCAGGAUAGCAGGAUGGAUCGAAGGACUUUUGUAUGUUUGUUGGCAGCCGGCUUGAGCCUGUUCCUACCGCGGACAGGGGCACAGGGAGAGAGUCAACCCAGACAGACGAGCAACAACAGCAGGCCUGCAUUCCACUGUGGGGGCAAUCUCGUUGCAGACUCGGGGUUCGUUGGCAGUGAGGGAUUCCCCAACUACUACAAGCCUGACAAAAAGUGCACCUGGUACAUCACGGUCCCUGAAAGCAACGUGGUCGUGCUCUCGUUCCGAAUCUUCGACCUUGAGGCCGACCCACUCUGCAGAUAUGACUACCUGGAUGUUUACAAUGGACAUUCCUACACAGCACAGAAAUUGGGACGGUUUUGUGGAACGUUUCGGCCUGGCGCUGUCAUGUCAACUAGUAAUACCAUGAUGCUGGAGAUGGUUUCAGACUCUGGAUCGGGUGGCCGCGGCUUUUUGGCCUCCUUCAGCGGGGGCAAGCCACACGUGGAUGAGCACCAGUUCUGUGGAGGCAAGAUCCAAAAAGCUCAGGGUUCCCUGAAGACACCCAACUGGCCAGAAAAGAAUUACCCUGCAGGCAUCACCUGUUCCUGGCACAUCAUCGUGGAACCUGACAUGGUCAUUGAGGUGAAAUUUGACAAGUUUGACCUGGAGCCAGAUAGCUACUGUCGUUUUGACUAUGUAGUGUUCUUCAAUGGAGGUCAGAACGACAACUCCCGGCGCAUUGGGAAGUACUGCGGGGAUUCUGUGCCUAAAUCCAUAGUGACAGAUGGGAAUCAGCUGCUGGUCCAGUUUGUGUCUGAUCUGAGUGUGACAUCCGACGGCUUCAUGGCCAGCUAUUCCAGCAUCCCCCGGGGGUCCAAGACCCCGACUAGAGAGGGUGAUACGUGGCCUGGAAGUGGAGCAGAGUCUAUUCCCCCGAAACCAAAACCAGGGCCCAGGGUUGAAUCCGUGCCCCUGAAACCUGACACCAAACCGAAACAGCCCCCGCGACCCCCCAUUACUGUCACAACAACCACACCCACAACCACGACCACACCUGCACCCGGUGUUCCUUCCUUGCCAGAAAUGGAAAAGCCCUUUGUAAAGCCUAAGACACCACAGUUCAUGCCCAAACCCAAUCAAAACCGAACUACUGUGAAGAAACCCAUUGGUCCCAUUAACCCUGUAUGUGCUCCGCCAUGUAAGAGGGCUGGGACCAUGCAGAGCAACUUCUGUGACAGCGAGUUUGUGGUGAUUGGUACAGUGACAGCCAUGGCUCCAGUCCCUAGGGGCAGGUGGACUCUGACCGUCUCCCUCAUUAAAGCUUUCAAAGCUGGACGGCUGAUGAUUGCUCAGGCUGGCCAAACCAUGUCUAUCAAGAUAACCUCCACUUGCAAGAACUGUCCCAUUCUGCGGCGAGGUAUGAGCUACGUCCUGAUGGGUCAAGUGGAUGAGGAGGGGCGGGGCAUUGUGGUGCCCAGCAGCUUCACUGUGCCUUACAGGACCGCACAACAGAAGAUACUGGCCAAUCUCCUCAGACGGCCUUGCUGAGUUUUCAAAUGAAUACACCAAUCGGAGGCCACGCCUCCAUCCAGGAGUACCACAGCCCUACAGACACAAAUAUGAAGUGACAUAAUAACAAACCACCGCUUACUUUUCUUGAAACAGAAACUUCUGCAAGUUGCUGUAACGAAAUCAACCAUUCUGAUUUCAGUUCCAAUCACAAUUUGCCGUUACACCCCCUCCCAUCUAAAAAACAAAACUAAACUGGAUGUGGUCUGUUUUCUUAAAUUGUUUGUACUUGUUGAUGAGCAGGCACUAACAAGCCAAACACUAUACAUGAAUACUCAUGUCGGUUAUAUUAUGUCACAUUUUACAAACUUAUACAAUAGAUGUCCCUCUAAUAUGUUUGUAAUUUAUAAUGUCUCAAUUAAAGGAUUUAUAACACGUUACGUUAA